AUGGGAGCAGGGGGGCUGGGUCCCAGCCAGAAAUGCCCUCAGAGCUACCCCAAAAGUUGUCAAAUCCUCCUCUGCAGGCUUCUGGAGUUUGCUGUGUGGCUCCAAAUCCCCAGUCUUUCACUGCAGGUUGCCCUCCUCAGACACCAAGAGAUGAAGGAGGGAGAGUUGGCCAGUUUUUCUGUGAGCCCCGAGGCAGCCACACCACCCCCAGGCAUCCAGGCCAAAUGUGAAGCUGGAAUGGACUUGCUGGGUGAAGGGGGAAUCUGCAAGCUGCCAGGAAGACUCCGUGAAAUCAACAGUGCUCAUCUGCUUACAGAGGGGACCGGGCGACCUCAAUUGGCCCCCCGAACGGGUCUCCUGCAGCAGCCACCACACCUGGGGUUUGCCAGCUCCUUGAGCCAUCUGGCCAGGUGGCCCCUUGGCAGGGAGGACUCCCUCAACGUAUCUCACUGUUCAGAGCUCAGCUGCAGGGCUGAGGGAGCCUGCUCCUCCCCCAUGAUGCCGGAGGCUCCCAUUGAUGGCAGGAUCGCUGAUUGCCGGCUGCUGUGGGAUUAUGUGUACCAGCUGCUCUCUGACACCAGGUACGAGCCCUACAUCAGGUGGGAAGACAAGAACGCCAAGAUCUUCAGAGUUGUGGAUCCAAACGGGCUUGCCAGACUCUGGGGAAACCACAAGAACCGGGUGAACAUGACCUACGAGAAGAUGUCACGUGCCCUGCGACACUACUAUAAGCUGAACAUCAUCAAGAAAGAACCUGGGCAGAAGCUCCUGUUCAGAUUUCUGAAGACGCCCAGGAAGGUCGUCCAGGACAGAGAGCAACCAGAGAGCCCGGAGCAGGGCAGGUUGGAUUUCAACGAGGAGAUGCUGCAAGUCUCUCCCUGA